AUGUUGUUCUUGGUGAUGAUGAUAGCUUUCUACUUGAUUUCUCCGGUGAGAUCAAGCGAUCUUGAAGCCCUACUAAGUUUAAAAUCAUCCAUCGAUCCAUCAAACUUGAUUCAUUGGCAAGGAACAGAUUUCUGCAACUGGAAAGGAGUUAAAGAAUGCAUUAAUGGAACAAGAGUCUCAAAGCUUGUUCUUGAAGAUCUAAACCUCACUGGCUCACUCGACAAGAAGAGCUUGAAUCAGUUGGAUCAACUUAGGGUUCUUAGUUUCAAAGGCAACUCUCUCUCUGCUUCAAUACCUAAUCUCUCUGGUUUGGUCAACCUCAAAUCGAUAUUUCUCAACGAUAACAACUUCUCCGGUGAGUUUCCUGAAUCACUGACGUCUCUACACCGAUUAAAAACCGUUGUUCUUGCCGGAAAUCGGUUUUCCGGCAAGAUCCCUAGCUCGUUGCUUCGACUUUCCCGCCUUUACAUGCUUUACUUGCAAGACAAUCUCUUCUCUGGCUCUGUUCCUUCUCUUAACCAAUCAACUCUCAGAUUCUUCAAUGUCUCUAAUAAUCACCUCUCUGGCCAAAUCCCACUUACAAGAGUGCUUAAUCAGUUUAAUCAGUCGUCGUUUUCCGGCAACGUUGGUCUCUGCGGCGAUCAGUUUCAAAACUCUUGCGGAAAAGGGAAUGUCACUGUCGGAAUUUCUCCGAGGCCGUUGUCAGUUCCUACAAUGCAGACGCGCACCAACAAAACAAAGCUCAUCGACGAAAUCAUUGUCGGAAGCAUAGGUGGUGGAGUCUUGAUGCUUCUUGUGAUAUUGCUUCUGCUAUGGAGACGCCGGAGAAUCAAGUCUACGAGAGAACAGAGGAGAAGCAAAGCUGUGGCGGAGUCAGAAGGAGGAACCAGUCAAGACCGGAGAAAUAAAAGGUUCUCAUGGGAGAGAGGAAGUGAAGAAGGAAGAUCAGUGGGGACUCUUGUUUUCUUGGGAAGAUGUGAACCAGGCAUUAAGGUGGUGAGAUACACCAUGAAUGAUCUACUCAAAGCUUCGGCUGAAACAUUGGGAAGAGGAACGUUAGGGAGUACUUAUAAGGCAGUGAUGGAGUCUGGUUUCAUCGUCACUGUUAAGAGGCUUAAAGACGCGGGGUUUACUCGAAUGGAGGAGUUCAAGAGACACAUUGAGAUACUUGGUAGGCUCAAGCAUCCUUAUCUAGUGCCUCUUAGAGCUUAUUUCCAAGCCAAAGAAGAAUGCUUGCUCGUCUACGAUUACUUCCCCAAUGGAAGUCUCUUCUCUCUUAUCCAUGGAAGUAAGGUAUCUGGGAGUGGGAAGCCUCUUCACUGGACAUCAUGUCUGAAAAUAGCAGAGGAUUUGGCUAUGGGACUGGUGUACAUACAUCAGAAUCCUGGCUUGACGCAUGGGAAUUUGAAAUCAUCUAAUGUUUUGUUAGGUCCUGAUUUUGAGUCGUGUCUCACGGACUACGGUCUCAGUGAUCUCCAUGAUCUUGACUCAGUUGAAGACACAAGUGCAGCUUCUCUCUUUUACAAAGCUCCGGAGUGUAGAGACUUACGCAAGUCCUCGACACAAUCUGCUGAUGUCUAUAGCUUUGGAGUCCUCCUUCUAGAGCUUCUAACCGGUAGAACUUCAUUCCAGGACCUUGUUCAUCGAUACGGGUCUGAUAUCACUAGAUGGGUGCGUGCGGUGAGGGAGGAAGAGACUGAAUCAGGGGAGGAGGUGAAUUCUUGUGAGGAUAAACUUCAGGCUCUUUUGAGCAUCGCGACGAAUUGCGUGGCUAUUCAGCCUGGAAACCGGCCUGUGAUGAGAGAGGUAUUGGAGAUGGUGAAGGUUGCAAGGGCCGAAGCAGCACCGGUCUCGUAUAACAGCAGCGAUCAUUCGCCUGGGAGAUGGUCAGAUACGGUUCAGAGCUUGCCAAGGGAGGAUCAUAUGAGCAUAUGA